AUGUGUCUGUUAAACAAAUUUGCAGCUUGCUUGACAUCCAGUUUGCAACUUUUUCUGAAUGAAAUAUACUCCAUUGGCAUAUUUUCUACCCGGAGAUGCUUAGCCCAGGCUGGAGGCAAAGCUGGAAAGGACAGUGGAAAGGCCAAGGCCAAGGCAGUGUCUCGCUCACAGAGAGCUGGGCUACAGUUUCCUGUGGGCCGCAUCCAUAGACAUUUGAAGACUCGUACCACGAGCCACGGAAGGGUCGGUGCCACUGCUGCAGUGUAUAGUGCUGCGAUUCUGGAGUACCUCACCGCUGAGGUGCUGGAGCUGGCAGGUAAUGCAUCCAAGGAUCUCAAAGUUAAGCGGAUCACUCCACGCCACUUGCAGCUUGCAAUCCGUGGUGAUGAAGAGUUGGAUUCUCUUAUCAAAGCUACCAUAGCUGGGGGUGGAGUGAUCCCUCACAUCCACAAGUCUCUGAUUGGAAAGAAGGGACAGCAGAAAACUGCUUAG